UAAGAAAAGUUUCAGAUUGCCUCUGCUGGGCUCACAACAGAGAAGAGCAGCGUUGGUUUGUUCAUUGCUAAUAGUCUUCUGAGAGAGCAUGUCAUUUGUAAGCACUCUCCGUCAAUGGGACGAGGCCGUGGCUUGUGCGGAGCAAAGAGACCCAGACUCUGCUCUCAGGACAUUCCUCAACAUCGAGGAGAAAAGCUCCAAGAUCUUCUUCAACAUUGGCUGUCUUUUUUUGAACAACAGUGAGUUAGAUGAAGCUGAAAAGGCAUUUGACAGAAGUAUCGGCAAAGAUGAGCAUCUGGCUGCGGCCUUUUUCCAGAGAGGUGUUACAUUCUACAAAAAGGAAAGGUUUGAAGAAUCUCUUCUGGAUUUCCAGCAGGCGUUUAAGCAGUUGCGAGGAAAUCAACUAAUAGAUUACAAACCUCUAGGGCUGAGAUAUAAACUGUAUGCUUGUGAGGUGCUGCACAACAUAGGGCUAGUACAGGCUCAGUUGGGAAAAUGGGAGAAAGCUCAAGAGAACCUUCUUACUGCACUGAGUCUGAGGGCAGACGCCAAGUUUAGCCAUAUUGACCAUGCUCUGGAAGCCAUACUGAAGCAGAAGCUCUUUCCUUUGGUAGAGAUUCGAGCAGGGCUGCUGUUCAAACCCAAUAAACGCUAUGUGGCAGAGCUAGAGAAAAAGGACUAUCUUGGAAAAGCCAAGGUUGUAUCUUCUAUCGUUCCCGCAGAUGAGUUUUCUGGGUUUGCUCCACUUCAGCCUCAAGUUGACGAUGUUCCAUCUACACCGAAAGUCCCAGAAGUGCUAAGGGUAUUUGAAGGUGAGCCACACACUGUUCUCUAUGAGUUUUACCCUGAGACCAAAGAGGAGCUGGCUGUGUUGCCAGGAAACAUUGUCUUCGUUCUUCAGAAAGGAGCUGACAACUGGGCAUCUGUUGUUUUCAAUGAGAAGCGAGGUCUCGUACCUUAUAACUUCCUUGAACCCUUGGAUAUUGUUACAAUGACACCAAAACCAGUGCAGAUUGAACCAUUACAUGAAAAUGAUGAUAUCCCAGCUCCACCAAGAAGAGCACCACCUAGUAGACCAGUGGGUACAGAAGGCAUCAAGACUGUGAAUGCAAAGACUAAUAACACUUGGGAAUUCUCAGGCUGCAUUGUGAAAGUGCACUUUCAGAUCACCAUAGCAGUCAGAAUUGCACAUGGACAAUCGUAUGGGUUCAUUCUUCAGACGAUAAGCUCUAAACUUAAGCUGCCUGCAUCAACGUUAACUUUAUGUUAUGCCAAGGAAGGCGUUGAUGAGAGAGUGAAUCUUGAGGACUCUGAAAUGGAGGCUGUGUGGAAUAGUGUGAAGGAGAACCGCCUUACGCUGUGGUGUUUGGCGACCGAGGGUAAAAGUGAUCCUCAUGAGAAAGUGGUGGCUUUGUACUCUUAUGACUCUUCUACCCCAGAGGAUCUGGAUUUCAAACAGGGAGACAUCAUCACAGUUCUUUCCAAAGUCAAUGAUGAGUGGCUUGAGGGUCAAUGCAACGGGAAGGUUGGCAUAUUCCCAUCAUCGUUUGUUAAAGCACUCAACGGGGAUCAGCAACCUGAAUGAAUCAUUCAUCCAACAGUUAGAAAUAAUGUGCUGAUUCACACAUAUUUGUCAUAAGUUAAAGUCCCCCUGUAGUGAAGAUUUUUAUGUUGUUUAUUUGUCUAUGUGGUGUUUAUAAUAUGCUUUUAGACAAACCAUGUGCCAGUCCAUUAAUCCACACCAUUGCUGAGUAUUUUCUCCUUAAAACUGGAGUUUCACAAAGGUUGUCCCAAAAAUGUGGUUUGAAACAGCCCUUUUUGCUACGUCACAAACUUCAGUAACCAAUCACGUCAAAUGAUAGAUUCCUAUCAUUAGCAUGCAAAAUAUACCAAUAGGAUUAUGAGCACAAAACUAAAUAUUAAAUAGAGCACUAAAUAGGGCACAACUGCUAACUUAAAAAAUAACCUGCGGUUACAGUAUAAAAGUAGCCCGGAGUCAGAUGCACCUCUCCCGCACUGCUGUCUGCACUUUACUCGCAUGUGGUCGCGGGCGCGAACUGGAAUCACAAAUUAGGCUUCAAGCAAGCCUUCACGGCAUUUGAGGGCACAACAUCGUCAAGUAAGUAACUUUAACAAAUGUUACAGUAUCCACUGUACUUGUUUCAGUUAGUGGAUCGGGGGCGGAGCUACUUUGCAUAUUCAUAGAUCCGCGUAUAGUAAACAAGGCAAGGGGAGUAGAGUUACAUUCCACCUGUUUUAAGGCUUUGAAUUUAAAUAUUUAAUUUUAAUGAUCAAAGAUCAGUUUUAAGGGAUAAUAUUGACUACAGGGGGACUUGGCUGAUCACUUGGGAGAAACCUACAGUAUUUUGAGGACUAUUUCUGUAAUUAAUAUUGUUAAAUUCAUGCCAGAGUUUGUUGCUUCACUAUACCACUUUCAUUGUAAGGUACAUAAUUGUGAGGUCACAUUUUUGAUAAAGACAGAAGGACGAGUUUUAUUCUGUUUGAAAACAAAGACAAUAUUAAAUCACAUUUACAUUUCCUCUCA